AUGUCUUCACUCAAAGUAUUAAUCUGCGGAGGUGGCUGUGCUGGACCAGCCCUAGCCUUUUGGCUCGCCCGUCUUGGUCACAGAGUAACCAUUGUCGAAAGGUUCCCAGCUCUAAGGGCAACAGGUGCUCAAAUCGACCUUCGCGAGCAGGGCAUUCAAACAGUCAAGCGCAUGGGCCUUGACGAUGCAGUUCGUUCAAAAUUGGUCGACGAAGCCGGUGUGGGAAUUGUUGAUUCGAGCGGUCGAGUCAUAGCUACUAUUCUCGCCAACAAAUCAGGCAAAGGUGCUCAAUCUGUCACAUCUGAGUAUGAAAUCAUGAGAGGCGAUCUUGUUAGGAUUCUUUAUGAUGCAACCAAGAACGACGUGGAGUACAUCUUUGGCAAAACUGUUGAAAGUUUCGAGCAGGAUGAGAAGCAAGUUCUUGCUUAUUUCUCAGAUGGUACAUCGGACACGUUCGAUUUUCUAGUUGGAGCAGACGGCCAAGGUUCAAGGAUUCGAAGAGCAAUUAACCCACCAAACACUCCAGAUCCUUAUCGACAACUUGGUCUUCACAUGGCGUACUAUUUCAUCCCACGGAUGGAGGGCGACACCAACAUUCGCAGAACAUAUUCAGCUUCAGAGGGCAGAAUGAUCUUUCGUCGAACCCACAACUCAACUGAAACACAAGUCUAUCUCAUCCUUAAAGACGACUCGCCUGAAACAUGCAGCAUUCACAAGGGCACGGUCGAGCAGCAGAAAGAAUUCUGGUCAUCGAGGUUCCGAAACGCUGGAUGGCAGAUCGACCGUUUCCUCGAGGGCAUGAAAACUACCGAAAACUUUUACUCACAAGAGGUAGUUCAAGUUCAGACUGAUACUUGGCACAAAGGCCGCGUGGUGCUCCUCGGAGACGCAGCUCACUGCCCUUCUCCCUUUAGCGGCAUGGGAACUACAGCCAGUUUCGUUGGUGCGUACGUCUUGGCAGGAGAAAUAAGUCGGAAUCCGGAUAAUUUGUCGUUGACGUUUGAAAACUACGACAAGGCGCUGCGGCCGUUCAUCGAUGAGGUGCAGAACGUCAAGCUCACUCUCAUAAAGCUGUUUAUACCUGAUACGCAGUUGGGUGUGGCCAUUCUUCAGUGGUUUGCUUGGAUUGUAUGUCUUUUGCGGGUUCCAUAUUUGGUUUCGAGGUUUUCGAGUGAGGAGAAAGGAGGAUGGCCGCUACCUGAUUAUCCUGAGCUCAGUAGAAGUAAGUGA